UUAAUAAAAUAUAAAGGAAACCGCAACCACCCUCCUCCCUCAGCCUCAGCGGUUGGUCUCUGUGAGAGAGAGAGAGACAUCUGGACUGUGUCGAUUAUCAUUUCUUGAAGCAAACGACGACGUCACAUCGACUCACUGUUUACUCAUCUUUAAGACAUCAGAUCUCUGCUUCCAUAUUAGGUCUCUUUCUUUCUUAUAUAUCUCCCUUCCUGUCCCCGUUUUCCCCUCCACACAUAUCACUCAUAUAUAGUUGCUCCCUCUCUCUCAUACGCUUCAGUCAGACACGCAUUCACUCGAUCCAUGAGAUUUCUGUAGAUUUGCUUCUUUGAUCGCUUGAUUUUUUCAUUUCUGUUCGAGGCAAUGGGGGUGGAUUCUGGACCUGUCACACCCGGACAGGUGUCAUUCUUGCUUGGAAUCAUCCCAGUGUUUGUUGCAUGGCUAUACGCCGAGUGGUUGGAAUGUAAGAAGUCAUCAUCACCUUCUAAAGUUCAUUCAGACAGUAAUCUUGAUGAAUUGGAUAAUGAUACCACCAAAGACGAUGAGCGCACAGUGUUGAUGGAAGGAGGUCUUAGUAAAUCAACUUCUUCAAAGUUUUCCAGUCCAUCUAUUAAAACAAACUUAAUUAGGUUUCUCACCAUGGAGGACUCCUUUUUACUUGAAAAUAGACUACUUUUAAGGGCAAUGGCUGAAUUUGGGGGAAUUUUAUUCUAUUUUUACAUAUGCGAUCGGACAAACUUUUUUGCAGAUUCUACCAAGAGCUACAACCGCGAUCUAUUUCUCUUCCUUUACAUUCUUCUCAUCAUAACUUCAGCAAUGACUUCUCUGAAGAAACACCAUGACAAAUCAGCUUUUUCGGGGAAAUCCAUUCUCUACCUCAAUCGCCAUCAGACUGAAGAGUGGAAAGGAUGGAUGCAGGUUUUGUUUUUAAUGUACCAUUACUUCGCCGCAACGGAGAUCUACAAUGCAAUUCGUGUUUUUAUUGCUGCAUAUGUAUGGAUGACUGGGUUCGGAAACUUCUCGUAUUAUUAUAUCCGCAAAGAUUUUAGCGUUGCUCGAUUUGCUCAGGUGACAUUAUACUUUGUGCUAUUUUUACCUUUCUUCUUUCUUCGGUUUCUUAACAGUGUUAAAAGUUUGAAUGUGUUCUUUAUGCAGAUGAUGUGGAGGCUCAACUUUUUUGUUGCAUUUUGUUGUAUUGUUCUUAACAACGACUAUAUGCUGUACUAUAUCUGCCCAAUGCAUACCCUCUUCACACUUAUGGUGUAUGGGGCCCUUGGGAUUGGCUACAACUAUAAUGAGAUAAGAUCAGUUAUGGCUCUGAAGAUUUUAAUGUGCUUUGUUGUGGUUAUAUUUGUAUGGGAAGUCCCUGGAGUUUUUGACAUUUUAUGGAGUCCUUUCACUUUUGUUUUAGGAUAUACUGAUCCUGCGAAACCAGAUCUUCCUCGACUUCAUGAGUGGCAUUUUAGGUCUGGGCUAGAUCGCUAUAUAUGGAUAAUUGGAAUGAUCUAUGCCUAUUUUCACCCAAAUGUUGAAAAGUGGAUGGAGAAAUUGGAAGAAUCUGAGACCAAGCGGAGACGCACAAUCAAGACAUUCAUUGUGACUGUUGCCUUAGUGGUGGGUUACUUGUGGUACGAAUACAUUUACAAGCUGGACAAGGUUGCAUAUAACAAGCUCCAUCCAUACACAUCAUGGAUUCCGAUAACUGUCUAUAUUUGUUUGCGGAAUUUCUCUCAGGAGCUUCGGAAUUUUUCAUUGACCCUCUUUGCGUGGCUCGGCAAAAUUACUCUGGAAACCUAUAUUUCCCAGUUUCACAUCUGGCUAAGGUCAAAUGUGCCCAAUGGGCAGCCUAAAUGGCUACUCUCAUUUAUUCCAGAUUAUCCUUUGCUCAACUUCAUGCUGACAACUGCCAUCUACACUUUGAUAUCAUAUCGGCUUUUUGAGCUCACAAAUACACUCAAGUCGGCUUUUAUACCCACAAGGGACAAUCAGAAACUAUUUUAUAAUUUUGUUGCCGGAGUUGUCAUCUCAGUGUGUUUAUAUUGUAUUUCAUGCAUCCUUGUUCAGAUCCCUCAUUAGUGAGCCUCUGCAUAAAGAGCUGUGAAGGCUUAGUCAGAAAAACUUGGUGAACAUAUAAAUGGAAUAUACAUGGAGGUUCUGGGACCUGAACGUUCUUGUCUCAGACAUAUCUGGUGAGGCUACCAUGUCUAACAAUUUUGUGGAAAAUCGUCACGUACCCUUGAUUUUAGUCACAGAACAUGUACAUUCAUUUUUACCGGGAAUUUUAACAUGAAAAACAGAAAUGGCAAAGUGCUUGUAGCUUGUAAGUGGUUUUUUCCACGCUUAUAUUCAUAUUCUUUGAUCUUCUUUUUCUCUGUAUCCUCCCCUUCAUUCCCUGUUGUGUUGCGGUGGUGCAAAAUAUUGUAACCGGUAACCGGUAACCGGUCAACAAGGAACAAGCUAUGCAGAUUUUUCUCUGCAAUCAUAUUCUGAUAAAUUGCUAAAGCAUAUAUUAUGAAGAAUGUGAGAUUUGUUUA